AUGAAGCUUUACAACUACGAUGUCGUGACACAACAUCUUGUACUUCUGCUGGCUUCUUUGUUAGCUCUGUCUACUCCCUUCACCAACUCACGUCCAAACCUGGCAACACAGUCCCUAUCAAUGCCGUCAACAGACCCUUUCGUCACCUUUGUGCUAGGCGACGAAACGCCAGCAAGCUUUUUCAUUGGCAACAUUCCAAAGCAAUUGUCUCAAUUCGACAGCUUCCUUGCCAACAAAGAAAAGUUCCGAGCAACACUGCUGGACAGCCGCGGCCUCGCCUCCAACAUUCUGCACCUCAGUGAUAUGGGCGACCUCUACACCAUCAGCCACGUAGACAGAGACGAUGUAGCUCGCAUCUGUGGCCCCCUGGACUGCUGUACAGCUAGUCACUGCAAUCUCACCUUCGAUGCCGUAUUCAUUCGGCCCGACAUCGGGAAGAACUCGGACACAAUGAAAGUCAAGGUCAUGGUCCAUAUUCUCGAUGUUAACGACAAUGCGCCGAGUUUUCAGAACACUCGUUUUACGUUGACCAUUCCGGAGGCGUCAUCGCUUGUCAAGUCGCCUGAAUUGUCUUCUGUGUGGGAACAGGAGAAUAUGCACAGUCUUCCCCAGGCCAAGGACAAGGACUCGCUGGCAAAUGGAGUCGUGCGCUACCAACUAUAUGGUGAGGCCGUGGAAGCUGGUUUCUUUGCUCUCUCCUCCUCAGACCAGUCCUGCUAUCCAUGUCUGCAGCUAAGCAAUAUUGUACGCUUAGACUACGAGAAUCCUAAGCAUCAUAACUUGACAGUCGGGUUGAUGGCGAUUGAUGGCGGCGAGAAACCGCUAUCCGGCUCAAUCACCAUUCACAUCAGGCUCACCGACAUAAAUGAUAAUGCACCCAUAUUUGAAAAACCCAGGGACACCAUUCGAAUUCAGGAGAACAAAACAUACUAUCAGCCCGUGUUCAUCUUUAGAGCGAGCGAUGCUGACUCCGAUAAAAAUGGACGACUGCGCUAUAGUAUUAUCUCUCCUCCCCAACAUUCCAUUGGUUCAGUGGGCAAGAAGUUUGUCCUGGAUUCGGAAACAGGCGAGCUCUUCGUCCAUCCGUCACUGGACUAUGAAGACUUCUCGGAACGCAAAGUCGAACUCGUUGUGAUCGCCAGUGAUGAAGGUCGUCCAUCUUUGUCUGCCAGUUUCACGCUCACUGUUCUUCUCGAAGACGUGAAUGAUAACCUGCCGGAGCUUAUAAUCCAGCAGAACAAUUCGGUUCCCGAGAAUGGUAGAGCAAGUGUUCUAGCUCUGCAGAUGUCCAUUAAUGACGUGGACGACGUCAGUCAGGGUAAUAUUUCCUGCAGCAUUGCUGAUGCAAAUGGUUUACCGUUACGUCUGCUCUCUGUGGCCGGUGAAGCUUUCCUCUCCAUUUGGACGACAAAGGUGUUGGAUUAUGAAGUGACGCCCUUUUUGCAAUUUGACCUGGUUUGUAUAGAUGCUGCCGAACCGCCAGCGAAAGUGAUCUUCCCCCUUACCGUAAAAGUGACUGACGUCAACGAUAAUCCACCAGUUUUUUAUUCCUCCCGUAGAAAUCCAACAUCGACCUAUGACCUUGUUGUCCCUGAGAAUGAACCCCUGCGAAGACCCAUCCUCCUCCCGCUUGUAAUUGAUGCUGACAGCAAGGAUAUUGUAUUCAGUAUGGAGCCGGUGACAAUGGAGUAUAAACCAUCGAAACAGAACUUCUCAGCUGUUUUACAACAUUUUGUGGUCAGACCGGAGUCUGGCGCCAUAUCACUGAGGGCGCCAUUGGAUUACGAAAGCGCUAAAUACUAUGAAUUCUUGUUGGUGGCCAAAGACGUCCCACGGGACCAUUCAAACGAUCAGGUGUUUUCUUCACACGUUCUUGUCCGAGUGACUGUGAAAGACGUGAACGAUAACCCGCCUCGGCUCGCUAGUCCAUCCCUGAUUACGAUCAAGAAGGGAACACCUGCUGGUUUCCUGGUCUCUAGGAUUGUCUUCACAGAUCCCGAUGAGGAUGGCCAUCAGGCAGUUUCGACGAAACUCCUCUCCCAGUCAGCGUUUCCGCCUCCCGACAGGGCUAACGAAACGGAGGGUGAUUUUGCCCCCGACUCUUUCUUCUCACUGAAAGACAAUGGAGCCCUGGUUACGCUGCAACCAAUAGCCCGCAACAAUGUCUCCCUUUUUCAUUUGCUCAUAUCAGCAGUAGAUCAUGGAGAGCUGAGACAAAUGUCAUCAACCGCGAGCAUAACGGUGAUUGUCGAUAAACCCCAUGAAAAUGUACCGCUCUUGGUGAAACCGUUUCCCGGUUCCGUUGUAACCCUGCAGAUCAACAUACCAUAUGGAAGUAGACAGAAUGUUGAGGCUUUGGCAGACGUAGCCAUCCAGCUGGAGACAUACGACCUUGGAAGAAAGUCUACAAGUGUAGAGAAGGAAACUAUCGUCCUUCAGGCCCAAAAUGAAUGCAAUGGCUCCUCCCUCUUUGAACUUGAUCAGAAGUCCAAAAAGUUGAAACUGAGUAAAAAUCAGGAUUUCUUCUCCUCCCCUUCCUCCGUUUCCUCUUUAUCCAUGCAAUCCUCCAAGGUCUCCUGCAGAGUUUGCCUCCGUAUAACCAAUUCCUUAGACCCGAAACGCUACUCCAAUGCCUACUUCUUCGUAGUGAUCGAACGUAUUUUUCAGAUGCCAGGACAGGCCCUGUGGCCGGCCGAUGCUGCGGACACUUCCACAGGCAUGGAUGCCCAUCCGGGCGGUUUCGUCGGCACCUUCUCGGAACUUGUGAGUAAUGUGAGUGCUGGACCCGGCCUCGGCACAGUGGAUAGGGUGCCAGAUGAAAUGCAGGCUUUGGGCCGAGUAGGUGGUUUCAACUUCGGCCUCAGCAACAUUGUCAUGUGCUUGCUCAUUCUGGCUUUCAGCCUUGCUGUGGGGUUCGCCCUGUUCGCUGCCAUCCUCUGGGCGCGUGCCAAACAGGCUACUAAUUCGGCUGCACGACAGAUCCGUCCUGGCCAGAGCACUACUACGGAUGCCACACUGCCAAGCGCUGGCGGUCAUGGUUGCGCCAGUUUGCUCAAGUCGGAAGCCCAAAACAGGCUCGUCUGGCACAGCCGACAGACAGCUAGGCGGGUAUCACAGCCAGCCACGGCAGCAGCCAGCGAUAGCAUCAGUCUCGCCACUGUGAGGACCACUUACACGGCAGGCGAUCAGGUUAGCACAUUCAUGGACCCCCCACAGGUAUCCGGAGACAAUAGGGGUCCCAAUGACCGACCGGGGGAUCUCAGCAAACUGCCAUCUCCUGAAGUCCACUAUGCUCUACUGACCUCCGCAGAGAGUCCUGCUUUGGAAUGGCAGAUAAAUGAGGGCUUUCUGGGUCCGCCAGGUAGUGCUCAAGGCUGCGAAGUUCAUCACGCGGGCGAGGCACCACCAGCAGGUGCGGCAAAUCAGCUGCCGAAGUUGGAGGGUCCCGUCGUGGCCUACUUUGACCUCCUUGUAUCAACCCCCUCCACACAGGCGACGGGGAGUCUGGACGAAGAGUUUGAGCCAGCAAACACACUCCCUUUGCCACCUGCCACGUCAUCAUUGUCAUCAUCAACAAGACAGACCCUUUUGUGUACAAAUGACUCUACUGACAAGACGAGGAACGAAGCAGCCAAUCCACCUGUCGGCUGUUUUCUUGUGCUGUAA